AACUGACGUACUAGCUACUUCUGAAAAGAUAAUUUCCUCUCGAGUCUCAAUCUCAAACAACAUGAAAAGAAUUCUGAGAGGGAAGGCUGCAGAAGGCUUUCGCAACUGAAGCCAAAUGUCGACUCUGCUUCGCAUUAGCGCUCUUCGGCGAGGCGCGCGAAACACUAGCACGCGCAAGUCGUAUCCGAGCGGCGCGGACAACAAGGCAGUCGAUUACGAAAGUUUUGUCAAAUUCGUCAGGCCUCUCGGGUUGGCUUCGUCUGGGGAAUAUAUCCGCUGGUCCAAGACUCCGGCAAGGCCGCGUGGACGGAUCCCUUGCCGUCCCGACCUGGUGUAUCGCGAUGCGGGAUGGACGAGCUGGCCCGAUGCGCUGGGAAAUGAUAGAACGCACGGAAGCGUGCAUACCUUGGAGGAGCUUGUUCAGAUCGAAGCCGAUCGCGAAAUAGCGGAUUCCAGCAUCAAGAUUCGAAAGCCGAUGACCGUGCAGUAUGAGCAAGCUCUUUGUUGGUUUCGAAAGGAAGCAGCGACGUUGGCACCGGAAUAUGAAUUUCUCCGUAUUGAGGCGAGAACGAUUCCGAGCCUUUUUUUUCGCAAAAGAGGUGAGCCCACACAAGAUUGGGCUGCUUUGCAGCUCAAGGCAACGAGUGCAGCAUCGAAGGCCUGGUGCCCAGGAGAGCAUAUUUUCUCCGGCGUAACUACUUCUUCCGACAUAGGCAAAAUCUUCGUUCAUUUUCCGACCGAAAAGGUGAAAGUUUGUCAUCAAUCCGAGAUUGUAACAAAGUCCCGGUCAGCACAGUGUCGGGAACUGCAGCGUUCAUACGUUCGCAUAGGAAUCGAAAAUGACAGCGCUUUGUCCGAUGACCCUGCUGGUUCUCUUGAUGCACUACAUUAUGGCAAUUACUACCCCAGUAUUUUUUCACACUCAUUCAGUUUUUCCUCACUUUCUUCAGUACAAAAGUGAAGCGGUCUGGUUGGAGUCGUCACGUCGACUCAAUGUUUGACUCUAAAAACACCAUUCGUUUCGUCGUCUCGAUGACCUAUGGGCAGUUCUUCCAAGGCGGCCGGUGUCGGACUGGUGCGAAUCCUUAGCGCCGCGCUACAGUCAUGCGAAUAUUCAUCAUCGGUUAAGCUCUGCGAUCGGCGAAAAGCUCUACGAGCCAGCUGGCUUUGAUUUGAAGUGGCAUGCAGCGACGAACGACGCACCCUCUGCUUUUGGUCAGCGCCAUAAUCUUUUACUUGGGCACUAUCGCUGCCUGCAGAAGGUUGCAUACGUGACCACAACGCCAAAGGGGAAAACCAUUUACGCGAAAGUUAAACUCGCUCGCGCGUUCACUGCUUCCACCGGGAGGCAGCUGUGCACAUUUUACGACGCAGAGGACGCAAUCGAUUAUUUUCCAUGCCUAAUAUCAGAGAAUGGGGGACUCACUGGGGUGUUUUUUUUCCCACACAGCUUUUUACUUGAGCACGGGUAUCUCUCUAGAAAAUCUGCGGGAAGACGCGGACGCAAGGCAGUCGUUCUCUAUGUUCCGGGGAGCUCACCGGCGCCGCACAAGAUCGCCUUAGCCAAGGCUCAGCAAAAGUUUUUUAUUGACUUGUCUCAAGGUGACUCUUCAGAUAUACAUGAGCACGAGCAUGCUCGGCAACUCAAAGCAAUAAUCUCUGAAUACGGAAGGUCGUCAACAAACAGCAUGCUGAGUAACACAAUCAGGACUACAACUGCAGUGCGCGCAUCUGCUAGCGCAUAAGCGCUUUCGGCUUGAGAGAACAGGUCUUUCUCUCGAGUGCGCACGCAUUUUUGUUCGUCGAUUGCAAGCUUUGCAGGGUAAACGAACACGGCGAACACUUUUAAUCUACAUGCGACAGACAGAAAACUUCCCGAACAUUAAUAGCAUCCAUUGAACGCAAACAAGAAUUAUAGUGUUCUUAUCGCGGAUCUCCCCGAUGGAAAAGUUUGAAAGUAUGCCAGAAAGUUAGGACCUCAAUUGUUCUUAUUGGCAAAGAGUUGGAAAUGCACGGCUGUAUCUUAUUCACCGUCGAAACAGAGGUCUCGUAAGCAUCUAGAAUACGAAAAUGCAUACAGGAAUACAAGUGUGUAAGACUUUGUCUUUGCCACAUUCUUCGCAGUGGGGACAAAUAUGGCGUUCGGGAUUUCUCGGACUGCGCGGCAAGUAGUUGGUCAUCGCUUUGUGGUGAGCUAUGAAGAAUUCGUCGAGUUUGUCCGACCACUCGGUUUUCGCUGCGCAAAAGACUAUAUGACCUGGGCAAAAA